GUCAACUGGGCAUGAAAUUCCUAGUUGUGAUGUCGUGUCGUCCUUCAUUGCAAGGACCUAUGUGAUUUUUGUGAUAUGUCUGAUAAUAGUGAUACGAGACCAUCGACGGGGUCUGGUGGUCCGCCAGCGCGGUUGCAAGUAUCACCUGAAUCCCGGGAGCAACCCCGGGAGCAGCCACAGCUAGCACACCAGCAACACCAUCAGCAGCAACAGCAGCAAUGGCCUCCCUGGACAAGCAUGGACCCCAGUCAAGCUCUGGUUGGCACCUAUAUGAGCGGCAGUAAUUCUGCCGCUGCUUUAACGCUGUACGCUUAUGAUACCGGCGGUAGUGGCUCGAUGUCAACACCGCAGACACAUGGAUCCACUGCAUUCUCGAUGGCAAUGAUGCAGCAACAGCAGCAGCAGCCGCAACAACAGCAGCAGCAAGAACAACAGGAAAAGUCGCAUCAACCUCCGCUACCGACGGCAACGACUGGCAGCAGGCAAGUAUACCAGUAUGGUAACACGCCAACGGCAUCCUCCCUCAGUGGACCGAGUGGCACAGCGGUAUACGCUGAUACGAGCUCUCCGUACUAUCGCCCUGGCAACACACCGGUGCAGCAUGGUCACACAUCUUACUCUGGAUCAUCGGUGAAGGCACUGCCGGGACACCAGAGCAGUAGACCACCGGCGGGGUCUGGUGGUCCACCAGCGCGGUUGCAAGUAUCACCUGAAUCCCGGGAGCAAGCCCGGGAGCAGCCACAGCUAGCACACCAGCAACACCAUCAGCAGCAACAGCAGCAAUGGCCUCCCUGGACAAGCAUGGACCCCAGUCAAGCUCUGGUUGGCACCUAUAUGAGCGGCAGUAAUUCUGCCGCUGCUUUAACGCUGUACGCUUAUGAUACCGGCGGUAGUGGCUCGAUGUUAACACCGCAGACACAUGGAUCCACUGCAUUCUCGAUGGCAAUGAUGCAGCAACAGCAGCAGCAGCCGCAACAACAGCAGCAGCAAGAACAACAGGAAAAGUCGCAUCAACCUCCGCUACCGACGGCAACGACUGGCAGCAGUCAAGUAUACCAGUAUGGUAACACGCCAACGGCAUCCUCCCUCAGUGGACCGAGUGGCACAGCGGUAUACGCUUAUAAGAGCUCUCCGUACUAUCGCCCUGGCAACACACCGAUGCAGCAUGGUCACACAUCUUACUCUGGAUCAUCGGUGAAGGCACUGCCGGGACACCAGAGCAGUUGGACACAUGGGUCCACUGCAUUCUCGAUGGCAAUGACGCAGCAACAACAGCAGCAGCGGCAACAACAGCAGCAACCACAACGACCUCCCCUACCACCAGCAAAGACUGGCAGCAGUCUACACCAGUCACAGUAUGGUAACACGCCAACGGCAUCCUCCCUCAGUGGACCGAGUGGCACAGCAGUAGACGCUGAUACGGGCUCUCCGUACUAUAGUCCUGGCAACAGACCGUUGCAGCAUGGUCACACUUCUUACUCUGGAUCUUCGGUGAAGGCACUCUCGGGACACCAGAGCAGUAUGUUUGGUGACGGCAUGCCAUCUGGAAUGGGUGCCACUGGCACUUCCUACUCCGGCAACACAGAGCAGUCUUAUCCGGGCGGCACAGGAAUGGCUCAGAUGGGAGCAGCUAAUCUAUCGGCGACAGCAGAUGCAGGCCUGCCAUCGCAAGCAUCGGCUUCCAGCAGUACGGGGUUCGGGGAUACUCCGCUGGACCUUAACCCUUUCCAUGCUAAUGACGUCUAUAGACGUCAUGCGCGCUGUACGCCAAACGACUAAUGACGUCUAUAGACGUCAUGAGAUUUGCGCAGUACUUCACAUCGCAUAGAUGAGUGUACAAACUUUUGUAACUCCGUCAAAAAUAAGUCUAUCGCUAUAAUCGAUACGCCGUUGCAAAGGUAUUGAGCUCAGCUUUCUAGCAAUAUAAAGUUCUUCGCGAUAGGUGAAAGAUUGACGGAGCGGCGACGGUGUGAACACGGAAUUCACGGCACUGAGCGUUUUGUUCACGCAGUUUUUUUGUUGCGUGCCAGGGGAUUUCCCUUUGGCGCAGCGCAUGCGUAAUGGACACCAGCGGAAGCACGUGGAUCUCAGCUUUGCAGCGCAGUUUGAAUCGUGAAAAUCGGCUGAACUGGAAGAAGAAAUCGAAAAAGAAUGUGAGGUCGAGUUGCUGUGCCUUUCCGAGGCAUCGUGAAGUAGUUUCAAGAGGACAUAGAAGUUGCACCUCUGUGCAUAUUGAGAGGAGAGCUACCAGGAUGGAUUCGCUUGGUCCUGAUCUUUCCAACAAGCCCAGGAUGACGAAAAUCCAUCAAGGCGAACUGAAUUGAGAGAAAAAUUCGUUCGUACCUUUGCGCGAAAACGACACCAGGAGAGUCAGUGCGCUGGAAAGGCAGUUUGCUGGAGUAAAAGGGGUCAGCACGGAAAGGGUUAACAACAACAGCACUACAGCAGAAAGUGGAGUACCAUCACAGGUAAACUGCAUGUAUACAGUUUCUAGGUGUUUGUCCUAGAUAUGGGUUUGUGAAUGUGCAUCAGGGUUCUUUUUAACUUCCUUCUCGUCGUGGCAUCUUGUGUAUAGGAUAUUGACCAAGACGAGAUCUAUAUGGGACAUAUAGGCUGAGUCGGUCUUUUACUCGGCGGACCUCGGUCCGCCGAGUAAAAGACCGAGGUCCGCCGAGGUCUUUUCCGAGAUUGCCUCAGUGUGUUUGAUGAUUUUCUGUUUUGUGCCGUGCAAGUUUGUGUUAAAACAGUUGAAGGUUCUGGAAGCUGUAUACAUUCGUUUGCAAAAUCCUGUAUAAAAUAAAAAGAAGCAUGUAGUCGCGUUCAAGUUGUCCUCGUAGCUUGCUAUCAGAUGUGAAAAUAUUGUUAAUUUUCCACUGUAUCACCCAAUGCUUUGUGUUUGCACUCAGUUAGUAUACUUUUUAGCACUAUGUCUGACUGCUGUUAUGUAAUGUUUAACACUUCCUUUGGUCACACUUUUUAUUUUGCAGUACUUAAUGUUCUUUUCGUACACCUUACCCUCAGUGCUGAUACCAUCCACUGACGAGUGGAAUGCGAAAAUCGAGUUUGGAAUAUUCGUGUAAUAAUAAUCGUAACUCAAGCGAGGGCUAGGCUUUCUCCAAAUCGGCCGGCCGAAAAAUUCGCCGAAACGAGACUUAUCGAAAAAUUGCUAAGCUUUUCGCUGAUUUCGAAGGGUUCCUUUUGAGAAUCCCAGAAAAUCAACCAAAUAUUGUUGCAAUGUGCGUUUACGAACGAAGCCUAAGGAGUGCCCCUGGUUCGAGUCCUGGUGGUGACAGUCAAUAUUUUCGUCAGACUUUUCCCGUUGACGUCUUUCCCUCAAACCAUUGAAUAUUAAAAUUCUUCAAUUAAAAAUAGAAGAAAUCACAUUGUUGAGCACCAAAAGGAGUCAUACUCCCCAGACACAACGGACAACGGGAACAGGUAGGUAGAACGACAUUUAUUGUAGACGAAGAGACCGAGACAAAGACUAACGGAAAGACUACAUUAUGGAAGAGAGAUAGAGAGAUCAAGUGAGGGCGACAAGAUAAAGGGCCUGGGUUGCUAUGGCAAAUAUGGGCGCGCAAGUAGCUACCCAGGCCAGCGGAAUGAAAGGUGACAAAAGGAGACAAAAGGUGAGGACGAGGGUGCAUGCAAGCCAGCUUGGAAAGGUUGUAGAACGUACGGGAGAAGGUACCUAACAACAUGGAAAGGAGUUCUGGAGCAACUAUCCGCAACUGUAACAAGAUAAGAAGCAGGCAAAAAGUGCAAUAACAGGCCACAAAACUGACAUGCUACUGAGACAUUCAACAACCGGAGACCUAGCUCUGAAACACCUCCUUUGCGCAAACCAAUAGCCUUCCAGGUUGGAAGCUUCAAGGUUAUGGUAGGACCAAUGAGGACAAGGUGACUUAUAAUCGAAUUAUAAUCGGGGAAAUAUGGUACACAGAAACACAUACACACAUAC